GCUCGGUUUUUUAUUAUGGUUAUUAUAAAAGAUCACUAUGUGUGUAUUAUAUCAUCAGUCAGCUAAUUCAUUGUAUACCACACGUGAGUGUAUAACAAGCAUGACUCUUUAUUGGUGAGAUAAUUAUUUUAGAGGUACGGUGCAUGUCGGUGAAAUUCGUAUCUUUGGUUAAAAUUUAGUAGUGGUUUGAAACAUUACUCGAUCGUGCGUUUUAAUCGUCCUGCGUGCGACCAGAGAAGCCAUCAGCAUUUACCUGUCUAUUCCUGCCUGAGACUAGGUGUCGGUGUAACAGAUCGAUCGUGUUAGAGGACUAUAUUUACGAUUACGAUUUUCUUCUCAGUUUACCUAGUGCGGAUUUUGGGUAAAGAUGGAUUUAGAUUCGAAAACAUUUAGAGAAUUUGGAUACGCUGCCAUCGAUUAUGUGGCUAAUUACGUAGAUACGAUUCGAGAAAGAUCGGUAUUACCAGAUGUGCAACCGGGAUAUUUAAGCGAGUUGAUUCCAGAUGAAAUACCUGAAGAAGGAGAGCCAUGGACCAAGUUAAUGGAGGAUUUUGAUAAACAUAUCAUGCCAGGGAUCACUCAUUGGCAAUCUCCACAAUUCCACGCAUUUUUCCCAACUGGAACCUGUUACCCAUCAAUGAUCGGAGAGCUCAUAAGCGCUGCUCUAGGAAUAAUCGGUCUUCAUUGGCAAGCCAGUCCAGCUUGCACAGAGUUGGAAGUAAUGACGAUGAACUGGCUCGGAAAACUGAUCAAUCUACCAUCGGAAUUUCUAAACUGUUCGUCUGGUCCGGGAGGAGGAAUAAUACAGGGAUCAGCCAGCGAGACGACGUUUUUAUGUUUACUGGUAGCUAAAUCAAAAACCAUCAAAAGGAUAAAAAAGUUACACCCAGAAAUGAGUGAAAGUGAAAUAGCUGGUAAAUUGGUAGCGUAUACUUCAGAUCAGGCAAAUUCCAGUGUAGAAAAAGCCGGAAUAUUGGGUUCGAUAAAAAUGAGACUUUUACCAACUGGUGAAGAUGGAAAAUUGCUAAGAGAGACUCUCAUUCAAGUUUUCGAAAAUGAUUGCAACCAAGGUUUAUUUCCAUGUUACAUGGUAGCUACUCUAGGUUCAACUGGUAUUUGUACUUCGGAUGAACUUCAAGUUAUAGGACCAUUAUGCGAGAAAUAUAAUAUUUGGUUACACGUAGACGCUGCUUACGCGGGCGCCGCUUUAGUGCUUCCCGAAUGUCAACACCUUUUAAAUGGAGUAGAGCACGCAAAUUCGUUUAAUUUCAAUCCCCAUAAAUGGCUUUUGGUAAACUUCGACUGCUCAGCUCUUUGGUUAAAAAAUGCCAACGAUCUCUCUGAAGGGUUAGCAAUCGAACGAAUCUAUUUAAAAGACAACGAAAACGUCAAUACGCAAUCACCAGAGUACAGGAACUGGCAAAUCCCCUUGGGCAGACGAUUCCGAGCUUUGAAACUCUGGUUCACGUUGAAAUCAUAUGGAAAAAAAGGUCUCCAAGCGUUCAUUCGCCAUCACAUAAAUCUAGCCAACUUAUUCGCUUCAUUGGUCGAUCAAGAUAGCCGAUUCGAGUUAGCUUGUCCAACCAGACUGGGUCUAGUUUGUUUCAGAUUAAAGGGCGACAACAAGCUAACUGAAGAAUUACACAAUAGACUAAUGCUCAGAAGGAAUAUUUACACGAUUGUGGCGACCGUAAAUGGACAGCUCAUAAUACGCUUUGUAGUUUGUAGCAGAUUGACAACAGAGGCUGAUAUUAAUUUCGCCUGGAACGAAAUCAGAUCACAGGCUGACGAGUUACUGGCGGAUGGUGGUAAACCCCAAUUAAAUGGCCAUUCCUUAAAUGGUGCAAACCUGAAUGGAAACGGACACGUUUGAGUAUUUUUUUCACGCAAUAAAUAUUCAGUAUUCUUAUACGUAUCAUUGUAUCAAGUUGUAAAUAAAUUUGCAUUCUUCAAUAAA